GCGUCCGUGCGUGUGUGUGUGGAAAUCUCGGGAUCGCCCAUCAGUCAGUGGCACCGGAGCUUCACACGGGUCCAAAUCCCCCUUCACAUCACCGCCGCGUUUCCUCUUUCUGAUGAAGUGAACCCAGAAUAAUAAAAAAAGAAAGAAAGAAGGAAGGAAAGAAAAAAAAAGAAAGAAAGAAAUCAUCCUUUCAGGAAUCUCAUGCGGAUUAUUAUGCUUUGACAUCUUUCCGGUGGAAUCUGAGCUAAAACCCUGGGAAUACGCUCACUACGCAGGACUACGUUACCCACAAGUCAGCAUGAACAUGCUUUCCUCUAAGGUUAAAAAGCGACCAUAGUGGGACUGGAGUUUUUCAUUCAGAGGCGAAUUUUUUGAGGAAAACCCCGCCUCCUGAUUUUAUUUCACAAAUCUGUGCCGUCAUUUGUGACAAAUAAAACUGUCUCCUGACAAAGAUCAGACUGUUCAACAAAACUGGCCUUAUGACUGUUACUUAAGACUGUUCUCCCUCUCUACUGUCCUCCGUUCACUUUUUAAGGAUUUUACCUUCUGUACUCUUUGACGUCAACAUCCCGUCUAAAAGAUCUUUUACACACACAGUGGGAUGUACUUUGGAUAUACAGACCUUUGAACCAAAGCUAUUUUUUCAAAUGCUUUCCUAUUGCACAGGAUUAUAAACUCCCCCUCCCCCUUAAAAUAUCCAGCACUUUCACCAUGACUCUGCUCAGAUACCCGGUCCAGCUGCAGCUGCUGCUCAGUACUGUGCUCGGCUCUUGUUUGGGUUUGGAGUUCCCGGGAGCGCGGGGACAGUGGGCCCGUUUUCUCCGCUGGGAUGCCAGCACCAGAAGUGACCUCAGCUUCCGGGUCAAAACGGACGCGUCCACCGCGCUGGUCUUGUACUUUGACGACGGUGGCUACUGCGACUUCCUGCAGCUGAUGGUGGUGGAGGGCAAGCUGCAGCUUCGGUUCAGCAUCGACUGCGCUGAGACCACGCUGGUUUCGGGUAAACGGGUCAACGACAGCAGCUGGCACUCGGUCACCGUGAGCAGGUCCAAUCUGAGGACGGUGCUGAGCGUGGACGGAGACAGCAAGGCCGACGAGGUGCGACCUCAGAGGCAGUACAUGAAGAUUGUUAGUGACCUCUUCCUGGGCGGAGUCCCCCAGGACAUUCGCACCUCGGCCCUGACCUUACCCACCGCCAAGGACCUGCCGCCUUUUAAAGGAGUUAUCAGGGACCUGAAAUACAGCAACAAGGAGCCUACACUACUUAGCAGCCAGAGGGUCCGAAUGGACACGGAGGGUGUCUGCACCGAGAACCCGUGUGAGAACGGAGGGAUUUGCGCCCUUGUGGAUGGGGAACCGCAAUGCGAUUGUUCCAAGACGGAGUACAUUGGCCGAUUCUGCAGCGAAGAGGCCAACACCAUCCCAGGCUUGGCACACAUGAUGAUGGCCGAACAAGCCAAGAGCAAAGCCCGUGAGGAGAAUGUGGCCACCUUCCGAGGCUCUGAAUACUUCUGCUACGACCUCUCCCAGAACCCCAUCCAGAGCAGCAGUGACGAGAUCACUCUUUCCUUCAAGACCUGGCAGCGCAACGGGCUUAUUCUGCACACGGGCAAGUCGGCUGACUACGUCAACCUGGCGCUGAAAGACGGUGCGGUGUCCCUGGUCAUCAAUCUAGGUUCUGGAGCCUUUGAGGCCAUUGUGGAGCCGGUCAAUGGCAAAUUCAACGAUAAUGCCUGGCAUGAUGUCAAAGUUACGCGCAAUCUCAGACAGGUCACCAUCUCUGUGGAUGGCAUCCUCACCACCACGGGCUACACGCAGGAGGACUACACUAUGCUGGGCUCUGAUGAUUUCUUCUACGUCGGAGGAAGCCCGAGCACCGCUGACUUACCUGGUUCACCCGUCAGCAACAACUUUAUGGGCUGCCUCAAAGAGGUCGUUUACAAGAACAACGACAUCCGGUUGGAGCUUUCUCGGCUGGCGCGCAUCGUGGACCCUAAGAUGAAGAUCCAGGGAGAUGUUGUGUUUAAAUGCGAGAACGUGGCCACACUGGACCCCAUCUCAUUCGAGACACCGGAGGCCUACAUCAGCCUUCCGAAGUGGAACACCAAACGCAUGGGCUCCAUCUCGUUCGACUUCCGCACCUCGGAGCCCAACGGCCUGAUCCUGUUCACGCACGGCAAACCGCAGGACAGGAAGGCGGCAGGGAGCCAGAAGAACACCAAGGUGGACUUUUUUGCAGUGGAGCUGCUGGACGGGAGUCUGUACCUGCUGCUGGACAUGGGCUCGGGUACCAUCAAGGUCAAAGCCACGCAGAAUAAAGUGAACGAUGGGACGUGGUACCACGUAGACAUCCAGAGAGAUGGACGAUCAGGUACUAUAUCCGUGAAUAGCCGCCGUACCCCGUUCACGGCCAGCGGAGAGAGCGAGAUCCUGGACCUGGAGGGCGAUAUGUACCUUGGUGGACUUCCUGAGAAUCGCGCUGGCCUCAUCCUGCCCACCGAGCUCUGGACCGCCAUGCUCAACUACGGCUACGUGGGCUGUAUCAGGGACCUGUUCAUCGACGGACGCAGUAAAGACAUUAGGCAGAUAGCCGAAGAGCAGAACGGAGCGGGAAUCAAACCCUCCUGCAACAAGGUGCCGGGGAAGCAGUGCGAGAGCUACCCGUGCAAGAACAAGGGGGUGUGUAAAGAAGGCUGGAACCGCUUCAUCUGCGACUGCACUGGCACUGGAUACUGGUCCCGUACCUGCGAGAGGGAGGCCUCGAUCCUGAGCUACGACGGCAGCAUGUACAUGAAGGUGGUGAUGCCCACAGUGAUGCACACCGAGGCCGAGGACGUGUCCCUGCGCUUCAUGUCUCAGAGAGCGUACGGCCUGCUCAUGGCCACCACGUCGCGCGACUCGGCCGACACCCUGCGCCUGGAGCUGGACGGCAGCCGCGUCAAACUCACCGUCAACUUAGACUGUAUCAGGAUUAACUGUAACUCCAGCAAGGGACCAGAGACACUGUAUGCUGGACAAAAACUCAAUGACAAUGAGUGGCAUACGGUGCGGGUGAUCCGGCGCGGUAAAACCUACAAGCUCACAGUUGACGAUGACGUAGCUGAAGGUCAGAUGGUGGGCGACCAUACUCGCCUGGAGUUCCACAACAUCGAGACGGGUGUGAUGACCGAGCGCCGCUUUGUCUCGCACAUCCCGUCCAGUUUCAUCGGCCAUUUGCAGAGCCUCAGGUUCAACGGCCUGCUCUACAUCGACCUGUGCAAGAACGGCGACAUCGACUACUGUGAGCUGAACGCACGCUUCGGCAUGCGCUCCAUCAUUGCCGACCCAGUGACCUUCAAAGCCAAGAGCAGCUACCUGAGCCUGGCCACGCUGCAGGCCUACACCUCCAUGCACCUGUUCUUCCAGUUUAAGACCACUUCAGCGGACGGCAUCAUCCUGUUCAACAGCGGCGACGGGAGCGACUUUAUCGCUGUGGAGCUGGUGAAAGGUUACAUCCAUUACGUGUUUGACCUCGGUAACGGCCCGAACCUCAUUAAAGGCAACAGUGACCGAGCUCUGCAUGACAACCAGUGGCACCAUGUGGUCAUCACCAGAGACAACAGCAAUCUGCAUACCCUCAAAGUCGAUGCCAAAGUUGUCAGUCAAGUGGUUAAUGGUGCCAAGAACCUGGACCUAAAAGGUGAUCUUUUCAUUGCUGGUUUGGGGCCCAACAUGUACAACAGCCUGCCCAAACUGGUAGCCUCGAGGGAGGGCUUUAAAGGUUGCCUGGCAUCGGUGGACCUGAACGGCCGUCUGCCGGACCUGAUAAACGACGCUCUGUUCCGCAGCGGGCAGAUUGAGCGUGGAUGCGAAGCAUCGAAAAGCGAACUUGGUUUCACCAAAGCAGACCUGCAAGGUCCUAGCACCACGUGCCAGGAGGACUCCUGCGCCAACAUGGGCGUCUGCAUCCAGCAGUGGGAGAACUACACCUGCGACUGCUCCAUGACCUCCUUCACGGGCAUGCACUGCAACGACCCUGGAACGACGUUCAUCUUCGGGAAGGGUGGAGGUCUCAUCACCUACAACUGGCCGGCUAACGAGCGGCCGAGCACGCGCAUGGACCGUCUGACGGUGGGCUUCAGCACCUCGCUGAAGGAUGGAAUUCUGGUGCGCAUCGACAGCGCUCCGGGUCUGGGAGACUACAUCAUGCUCCACAUUGAGCAAGGCAAAAUCGGCGUCACGUUCAACAUCGGGAUGGUCGACAUCGUCGUGCAGGAGAGCAGCAUGCCGGUGAACGACGGCAAGUACCACGUGGUGCGAUUCACACGAAACGGGGGCAACGCCACACUUCAGGUGGACAACUGGGCCAUCAACGAGCACUUCCCCUCAGGCAACAACGAUAAUGAGAGAUUGCAAAUGGCAAAUAAGAAAAUCCCAUUCAAAUAUGCCCGGCCUGUAGAGGAGUGGCUGCAAGAGAAAGGGCGCCAGUUAACGAUCUUCAACACGCAGGCCACCAUCACGAUCGGUGGCGCAGACCGAAGGAGGCCGUUUCAGGGCCAGCUCUCGGGCCUCUACUACAAUGGGCUCAAAGUGCUCAACAUGGCCGCUCAGGGCAACCCCAACAUCCGGAUCAACGGCAGCGUGCGGCUGGUGGGCGACGUUCCCGCUGCCGGAUCGGCCCGCACCACGGCCAUGCCCCCGGAGAUGUCCACCACCUUCAUCGAGACCACCACCACCAUGUCCACCACCACCACGAGAAAACACCGCUCACCACCCACAAUAUCGAGCACAGACGACAUCGUCACGUCAGCUGAGUGCUCCAACGACGACGAAGACCUGGAGGAGUGCAACUUCGAGCACGCAGGUGGGCUAGGAGGUGAAUUAGAUCCCUUAGUACUCCCUCCUGUAGCUACACGUGCACCCUUCAUCCCUCCUCCCCCAACCCUCCGCCCCCCCCUCACCAUUAUUGAGACCACCAAAGAGUCCCUGUCCAUGGCCACUGAGGCGGGCCUGCCCUGCUUGUCGGACCAAGGCAGCGAUGAUUGUGAUGGUGAUGAUGAUGAUGAUGAUGAUGAUGAUGAUGAUGGCUUGGUGAUAUCUGGGUAUGGCUCUGGGGAAGCAUAUGACUCUAACCUGCCCCCUACCGAUGAUGAAGAUGUUUACACCACCUUCUCCUUGGUCACAGAUAAGACCUUAUCCACGUCGGCCUUUGAAGGUGGCUACAAAGCUCAUGCGCCUAAGUGGGAAGCCAAGGACUUUAGACCUAACAAAGCCUCCGAGCACGGUAGGACUACUACCGCAUCUUUUUUCCCCAAGCCGAGCCGCUCCACCACCACCACCACCACCUCUGCUGCCGCAGCGCCGCCCAAAUGGCCUGCGGGCAAAAUGAAUAACCGAGAGCUUAAACCCCAACCUGACAUAGUCUUGCGUCCAUUGCCCACUUCCUAUGACGUAGACCGCAAAAAGCCGAAGAGCCCGUUAAUAACCUCCCCCAUGUUCCGUAAUGUACCCACAGCGAUCCCCACGGAGCCGGGCGUCAGGCGCGUUCCCGGGGCCUCCGAGGUCGUCCGGGAAUCUAGCAGCACCACUGGAAUGGUCGUCGGGAUAGUUGCUGCUGCCGCUCUGUGCAUCCUCAUCCUCCUGUACGCCAUGUAUAAGUACAGAAACAGGGACGAGGGGUCGUACCAAGUGGACGAGAGCCGCAAUUACAUAACCAACUCAGCGCAGAGCAACGGCGCGGUCAUGAAGGACAAGCAGCACGGCUCGAAAGGCAGCAACAAGAAACAGAAAAACAAGGACAAGGAAUAUUACGUGUGAGACUGCGCGACAGUGAAACGGGUGACGCUGAGGCGUAUCAGGAGCUGCGCUGACAGAAAGAGAGAGAGAGAGAGAGAUUUUCAUUUUGGCACUGUGCUGAGGCACUGAGCUCACACACCAACUGUAAUAUAAAGCACACUAUUGUGUAAGCAUACCACGAUGGUAAAUAGCGACAUUAGUGACCUUUAUUCUUCGAUCCGGUCAACGGCGUUAUCAGUGUAGAAUACUUCACAGCUACAUCAUUAUCCUAAAAAAAGUGACUUUUAAAAAGGUAUGUGAUCCUUGGCAUUUUUUUUAUCCUGUAAAAAAAAAAAAAGAAAAAAAGUGAGAGAGAGUGAGAGAGCAAGGAGAAAAUUAUUCCGGCCAUUGCAAGCAUGUGAGUGACACAUAGUGUUAUAAGAGAUGGACAAAAUAUAUAUAAAUGCAUAUAUAUAUAUAUAUAUUGUGUGAAUGAGAAAGAAGGACUCUUGCCAAAAAAUAUAUAUAUAAAUACAUAUGAAAGAUUUGUAUUGUUUAUACAUUAUAUGUGGUGUCAAUUUUUUUUGCUCUCUGCAAAAAAAGAGAAAAAAAAGAAGAGUGAAAAAUCAAUGUAGUAAAUGAAAUCAGACGAGCGAGGACAGCUCACUGACACUCUCGCAGCACUGUUAUUCAAAACUCAACCAAAUGAUUCGGAUUUUACAACCGACUGUGACGUUUGAGAAAAAAUAAUAAUAAUUUGUGAAUUUGAGCGAAGUGGUGCAUUUUAUCUUUGUCUCAGUAAAGCGACUGAUUGUAAUGCAUGCCAUCUUUACACUACGAUGUAUGACGUUCAGCUGAGGCUGAACAGAUCUGCCAGGCCAGUCAAUCCAUCAGACACAUCUUUUCCUAGUUUUUUUUCCUCCCCUCUCAACGUGACAACGACGCUGAUGAACGUCACGUUUCCUGCGCGGCCGGUGCCGGCUUUGAUCUUUUUUGCGAUCAUGAUGUAUGUUGGUCCACUUCCUCUUGUUCUCUUUUUUAUGAAAAGCUGUCUGGUGCGCACUGGCACUCCUACUAUAACGCUGUUACGGAUGUCUAUACGGAAAAAUAAAUCUAACGUGAAAAGUGUGAAUUCUA